AUGGGCAACGGCUGCAUCCCAUCCUCUUUGAAGCGUAGUGAUGCAACUCAGAUUGGGGAAGAAACCAUGGAGGAAAUACAUGUUCUUAGAACAUCUCACCGUUGGGCUGGAAUCAAAGGAGAGGUGGCAAACGGACGACGAAGCAAUCACGCUAUCUUUACCGGCCACAAAAUCAAUCUAGAGAUUGCUAAACCUGUAAGGAAACGGAGUGCUGAGGACACCUAA